UAUAUUAUUGCCCCUGCAGUUCAAACUAUACAAAGCCCUCCUCUUUGAGCAGAGUAGUAGCCCUUCCUCUUUCUGUUUCUGCUUCUGCUGCAAUCGAAGAUGAAGCUCGUCAGGUUUUUGAUGAAAUUGAACAACGAGACCGUCUCAAUCGAGCUCAAGAACGGCACUGUUGUUAACGGAACUAUCACGGGUGUGGAUGUUAGUAUGAACACACAUUUGAAGACAGUAAAAUUGACACUGAAGGGGAAAAAUCCUAUAACUCUUGAUCACUUAAGCGUCAGGGGUAACAACAUCCGCUAUUACAUUCUCCCCGACAGCUUAAAUCUAGAGACUCUGCUGGUGGAAGAGACACCUAGAGUCAAGCCCAAAAAGGCAACUGCAGGGAGGGCUUUGGGACGAGGUCGAGGCCGGGGUCGUGGCCGUGGCCGUGGACGCGGCCGCUAAUCAUACUGCACUUGAGAUAGUAUGUAUAAACCGUCUGUUGCGGGUGGUAUGUAUUAAUGAUGAUCAUGAGGCGCACAAGAUGGCAUUGAAGCUGGCCCUUUAGUUUUUCAUACUAGUGCUACUUGUUGCUUUUUCUUUCAACUAGCAGUUCUCUUUUCCUUUGUGCUUCAGUACGUUAUAUUGCCAUGAAGUCAAUGUUUACAAUCAGUGCAUCUCAUCAAAGAGACCCUCCUUGGAUUGAUUUCUUUAA